CUGAUUUUACACAACAUUUUUAAUCGUCGUCUCACAUUUAUUUAAAUAAAAGUUUUUUUCUUUUUCACAACUUCCAAAAAUAUUAAAACAUACGAUUUUAAUGAAUACAAAAAUUCCCAAUUCAAGAAAAUAAUUCAUUUCUUCGUCGUUUCAUUUUAAAUAAAAUCACGGCACAAAUAUUUGUGUAAGUUUUUUUGUUGUUUUUUUUUUAUUUUAGUUUUUUAAGAAAGAAAAAAUAAAGAAGAUCAAAGUUCAAUAAGACUGCAAGAAAAAAGAAAUCUAAAACGUAAAAAAAAACUACUCCAAGUGAAAAAGUUACUCCAACUUUAAACAUGUCGACGGAAAAUAUUGUUGAUGGUGCCACAGCAGGCUCCACGGCCAAUUCAGAAGAAGCUUCAUCAUUCAUUGUUACCGUUCUCAAUGAAAUCAUCUACAGUCCCAUAAAUUUAGCUCUCGUAGCCGUCAUUGCAUUCCUUGUUUAUAAAAUCAUUAAAGACCGCAUUGAAGUCCCACACAGCGAUGUUAAGCCACUCGAACCAGAAUUACCAAAGCUUCGAAGGGAUUUCACAAUUCAAGAAUUGCGAUUAUUUGAUGGCAAUCAACCAGAUGGAAGGGUUUUAGUUGGGGUCAAUGGAAGUGUGUAUGACGUCACUAAAGGGAAAAAAUUCUACGGACCAGGUGGACCAUAUGCUUCAUUUGCUGGUCGUGAUGCAUCCAGAAAUUUGGCCACAUUCAGUGUAACAGCAAACGACAAAGAUGAAUAUGAUGAUCUUAGUGAUCUUAAUGCCAUGGAAAUGGACUCCGUCCGAGAAUGGGAAAUGCAAUUCAAAGAAAAAUAUGAAUAUGUUGGUCGUCUUUUGAAGAAGGGUGAACAACCAACCAACUAUUCUGACGAAGAUGAAGAUACAACAAACGAUAAACAAGACAAACCCGAAGAAGAAUCAACAUCUGCUGCAGCUGCUGCCGACGAUGAAGGAUUAAGAAAACGUACCACCGCUGCCGCUGCCCCUACAACUACUGCUAGCGAAAACUCAGCAGUUGAAGAGGUUAAAUAAAUUUAAACAAAACCAGAAGUCUGAAGCUGGGUCCAACAACCGUCGUCGAAGGCUUCAAAUUUAAUUUAAAAACAAACAAAAUUUAGUGAAUUAAGACUCCUUUUUCCUAAAAGGGAAAACUAUCUUUCCCAAAACAAAAAAGAAUAA